AUGAUGUCAUCCGGUAUACUCACUGCAACCACCACCACCACCACCACCAACAACAACAAUAUACCAUCAUCUAGCAUAAAGAACGACAAAAGCAACAGAGCCAGCACUCAUCAUGAACCAGUAAAAACAAACAACUCACCCUCGCAACAGCUUGAAACAAGUACAAACAAAAACAAACUGUCAUCUCCUCCCCCAUUGGUUCAGCAAUCGCUGUCCUUUGCUCGUCGCUCGUCGCCAGUGCCAAAAGAUUUAAAAAUACUUUGCAUAAACUUUAACCAAGAUCAUGGAUGUUUUGCCGUUGGCCAUGAGUUGGGAUUCCUUGUUUACAAUACAGAUCCAAUAGAGCUACGGGUCAAGCGGAAUUUUGUAAGUGGUGGUAGCACACCAUCCAGACACAACUUAAAUGCGGCUAGCACAACAACUACAACUACCACUUCUGGGUCUGGUAUUGGUCAUAUAACUAUGUUGCAUCGAACAAACUACUUAGCAAUAGUUGGUGGAGGAACCAAUCCGCGCUUCCCCACAAACAAGCUAGUGAUUUGGGAUGACUUGAAACGAAAGAACAGUUUGUCAUUGGAAUUCGACAGGCCAGUGCUAAACGUGCUUUUAUCCAGGAUCAAGAUUGUUGUUGUUUUGAUGGAUGAGAUUAUAGUGUAUUCAUUUGCCUCGCCACCUCAAAAAUUAAUCAGUUUUGAAACUCAUUCUAAUGAAUUGGGAAUUGCUGAUAUGUCUGUUCUUACUUCGCAAAGGAAGCCGCGUGCAUAUUCUGAUGCCAAUGACAGGUUACAACCAGUAGCACGAGGAAGCCACGGUUCAGUGUCAAGCGCAGGGUCAACAACCAGCAAUGUCUCAGUCAACAGUGCCACAUCACUCAAUAGCAUUUUAAACCACAAUAGUAAAAACCCCCAUCAACCAAGCGCCAUAAUUGUGUUUCCCGGUAAAGCUACUGGACAGAUUCAAAUUGUUGAUCUUGCGCAGCAACAACCAGGAUCAUCUAUAAUCAAGGCUCACAAGUCAACCAUAAGAAACUUGUGCAUAAACAAGACGGGAACCAUGGUGGCCAGUGCAUCAGUGUUGGGUACAUUGAUCCGAAUUCACUCAACUAUAACAACAAACCUACUUUAUGAGUUUCGCCGGGGGAUAGAUAAAGCCGACAUCACUUCGAUGAAGUUUGGUCAUGAUGAUUCCAAGCUUGCUGUAUUGAGCGACAAGUACACUCUUCAUAUAUUCAACUUGCGGGAGCAACAAGGGGUGGAGAAUGACGUCCACGAGAACAAACAACAUGCAUUGAACAAGUAUAUCAACUUUCUUCCAUCUACAUUUAUCCCGCAAUAUUUCAAAAGUACGUGGAGCUAUUGCAGUGUCAACACCAACAAGUAUCACCAACAAGAGCUGGAGUUGGAUGAAGGUACAUUGGGAUGGGUUGGAGAUGACGAAGUUGUUAUUGUUUGGGAGAAGAAGAAAAUAUGGGAGAAGUACACCAUUCGGAACAAGCAUGAUGAGUAUGAGAUAGUGAGGACUAGCUGGAAAUCAUUAGAUAGUGAGUAG